CGUUACGUCAUCAAAACGAGCCGUGCACAGGCAUGGCAGACGAUGACUUGUGACCUUUUUCUUUUCAUCUACUUAGGUGAUUUUUUUAUUGUUUUUAUCCUGCCAUUUGUUUUGUCUAGCACAUGUUCAUACUUAUUUAAUUGUUGGUGCUUGAUCGGAGAUUUCCAGAAUGUCUGUGAAGAAAUCAUCAGUCCAUGCCAAAUGGAUAAUCGGAAGAGUAAUUGGGACUAAAAUGUUUAAGACUGCCAAAGUGAGAGUCACACGGCUGGUUCUGGAUCAGUACUUACUCAAGUACUACAACAAGAGAAAGACCUACUUUGCCCACGAUGCAUUGCGGCAGUGCACUGUGGGGGAUAUCGUCCUUCUAAAGGCUCUGCCUGAGCCCAGGUCUAAACACGUGAAGCAUGAACUUGCUGAGAUUGUUCAUAAAGUAGGCCGGGUGGUCGACCCGCUGACUGGAAAGAAAGUAGCAGGAACUGAGUUUCUUGAGUCGCUCACUGACCUUCCACACGGCCUGGGUGGCGAGACGUCACUAACAGAGAAAUUACAGGAGCUCAACAUCUCAUCUGUCCCCCACGUCACCGAAUCAACACCAGCACCCACGUCUUCUUAAAACUGAAAAAUAAUAAAAUAAAAUCCAGCAUGUAAU